AUGAAGUUCAUUUCAGAAGCCAUACAUGGUUUCCCAUUUACGGUCGCUUUUGAAGUUCGAUACUAUAACAAAGAAAAACAUACGUAUGAGAAAUUUGAACAGGGAAAACUUUUACAAGUGAAUUUGCUUGUAAACUUAGAAACAACUCUUCAAGCUUUUCAAGAAAAAAUAAACGAUAUCUAUCUCGAAUAUGCAAAACAGUACAACAUUGACGAAGGAGAGUACCAUCUCGAUAUUAUAUAUGACAGGAAAAAUGCAACUGUUAAAAUCAAUAGAAUAGAAGACCUUGGAGAAGACGUUUAUAUUUCUACAAAAUAUAACAACUUGGCAUGGUAUAGGUUUCUGAGGAUGUUAAAUCAGCCUGCAGAAUAUCCAGUACACCCGGACUUUUAUGAAGUCGAAAACCCUAAUGGAACAUAUGAAAAUGUUUUCGACUCAGAUGCUAUUAUAGUUCAUGCUUCAUUUUCUGGCGCCCAAAACUCUUUUUUAUGCUUGGCAAAUGACUUUUACGAAAAACCUACAAAGUUAUAUGAACCGCCGAGUGGAAGUAUUUCAGACUUUCAAGUAUGGUUUACAACAGAUGGAAGAAAGAGAAUAGUUCCAUUAUACCACGCGUUUUACUUAGAACUUAGUUUCAUAUACAACUACUAUCGAACGGUAAAAAUAUAA